AUGGAUCAGAAGAAACCGGGAUAUAGUUAUCCCAAGCCAUACGGAAAUGACAGCGGGAAGAUGUUUCCUGGAGCCAGCGGCCUAUAUGAAUACCCCCUGGCCAGCCCAGUCUACUCUGGAAAGGGCAUAUCCGGCUCCUAUCGCGUUAUCAUGACCUCAGACUAUGUCUACAAGGGCGGUAAUACCUUCCAAAAAUGCAUUAAUGUCGAAGACAAGAAGAAGCAGGAAGAGGAAGAUGCGAGAAAGAAGAAAGAACAGAGCGACAAGCAGUCAAAGGAGGCAAAGGAGGCGAACGAGAGGAAGAAGCAUGGAAAGGGAGGCAAGCACUAGGAGCUUCCCAUUGGACUAUCAUGGAUUAUAUGUACUAUAGCGAUGGUGUUUUUGAGAUUUCUGAAUUACCUCUGUUGGUAUACAAUUACUUGAUACCCGACGAAUGAAUCG